AUGCUAUGGGAGGCUUUGCAAUCACCAUUUAAUCAUGGGGCUGUAGGAAGCAAAAUUCUUCUAACCACCCGUAGUGGAAAAGUGGCUUCAACUGUGCGUUCUGCUAAUAUACUUCAAUUGAAGCCAUUAUUAGAAGAAGAUAGUUGGUCAUUAUUUAGCAGAUAUGCAUUCCAUGAUGGAAAUGUUCUUUGUGCAAACUCCGACCUUGAAGAAAUUGGUAGAAAAAUUAGUAAAAAAUGCAAAGGGCUGCCUUUGACUUCGAAAGCCAUUGGGAGUCUCUUAUACACAGAAUCAUCUCAUGAUAAUUGGAAUGGCAUUUUGAAAAGUGAGAUAUGGGAGGAAAAAAGUGAUAGCAAGAUUCUCCCUGCUUUGAGGUUAAGUUAUUGCUACCUCCCCUCUCAUCUCAAAAGAUGCUUUGCUUAUUGUUCAAUAUUUCCCAAAGAUUAUGCUUUUGAUAAGGAGCAUUUAAUUCAAUUGUGGAUGGCAGAAAAUUUUCUAACGUGUGCUCAUCAAAGCCAAGAUGCAAGAGAAGUAGGAGAACAAUUCUUUAAUGAGCUAUUAUUGAGGUCAUUAUUUCAACGAUUAACAGUAGAUGAUACUUGUUUGGUCAUGCAUGAUCUUAUUAAUGAUAUGGCAAAAGUUGAAUAUGGAAAGUUUUGCCAUAGGUUGGAGUUAGAUGAUGUAAAUAAGUUGACAGAAAUGACCCGUCAUAUUUCAUUUUUGAGAAAUUAUGUUAAUACAUCCAAACGAUUUGAGGUUGUAUUCAGGGCUAAUAAAUUGCGCACUUUCUUGCCUCUAUCUAUGCAAGGUCAUAGAAGUACAAGCUAUAACUCCAUUCUUCACUUUAUAUCUGGCAACUUCACUCACAAUUUGCCAUCCAAGUUCACUUGCAUGCGAGUUUUAUCUCUGUCUGAUCAUUUCAUCACACGGUUACCUGAUUCAAUAGGAAACCUCAGACAUCUCUGUUAUUUGGACUUAUCAGGAACUAAAAUAAGGAAACUGCCAGAUUCAAUAUGUCAACUUUAUCAUUUGCAAACGCUAAAGUUAUGGCGUUGUUGUCUUUUGGAAAAGUUUUCAACAGAUUUUCAUAAACUCAUGAAUCUACAUCACCUUGAUUUUCGUGAAACUCAAGUGAGAGAGAUGCCAAAGCAAUUGGAUAAAUUGGAAAAUCUUCAAGUGCUGUCAUCAUUCAUUGUAGACAAAUCUGGAGAGACCAGCAUCAAAUAUUUAGAAGGACUUGAUCUUCAUGGACCACUUUCCAUCUCAGGGUUGAAAAAUGUGGCUUCUCCCUCAGCUGCUUUAGGGGUCAAUUUGAGAAGCAAGAUACACCUAAAGGAGUUAACAUUAGAAUGGUGCAUAGACAAUGAAAAAUCACCACAUGAUAAGGAUGUGUUGGAGAACUUCCAACUACAUAAGAAUUUAAAAAAGCUAUCAUUUAUCAACUAUGGUGCUAUCGAGUUUCCAAAUUGGCUUGUCGAUCAUUCGUUGUCCAAUUUAGUGUCCUUAGAGCUAAGGCAUUGCAAAUAUUGUAUAUCCUUGCCAUCAAUUGGCAUCUUUCCAUCUCUCAAGUCACUGUCAAUUAUAGGGUUUCAUAAUAUAGUAGCUAUUGGUCCAGAAUUUUGCGGAAGUAGCUCUAAUGCUUCAUCCCUAGAAAUCUUGAGGUUUGGGGAUAUGAAGAGCUGGGAGGAAUGGAAGUGUGAAAUUUUGUCACUAACUUUCCCUCAUCUUCAAGAGCUGAGUAUCGAAAAUUGUCCUAAAUUGAAAGGGCAACUUCCUCAACAACUUCCUUCUUUAAGGAUGCUAUUAGAAAGUCUUCCAUCAUCUCUAAAAGUCCUUGACAUUUCUGGAGGCUUCAAAAAUUUAUUAUCAGUUGACAAAAUUGAGAAUCUCAUUGCCAAUUGUAACCUCAAAGAGUUGAAGUUUUCUGAUUGUCCCCACCUUGAAUUCCCACUGUGCUAUUUUCAUAACUUCAUUCUUGAGAUGGAGAUAAGAGGGAGUUGUGACUCUGUCAAGUCUUUUCCUCUGGAUUUAUUCCCGAAGCUUCAAUCAUUAAAGUUGAUUGACUGUAAUAAUCUUGAAAUGAUAUCUAUUUCAGAGGGGAAUGAUUUUUCUCUAGUAGACUUGUACAUACGAAAGUGUCCUAGAUUUGUCCAUUUUCCUGAAGGAGGGUUUUCAGCCCCCAAACUAAUAUUGUGUUGCAUCGAAGAAUUGAAGAAUUUGAAAUCAUUGCCAAAGAAGAUGCGCGUUUUCUUUCCCUCUCUCAUAUAUCUGGUAAUUAGAUGUUGCCCACAAGUGGAAUCAUUUUCAGAGGAAGAUUUGCCAUCAAAUCUCCAAUAUCUUGAUGUCUUGGAAUGCCCAAAACUUGUAGCCUCUCGAAUGGGUUGGCAUCUGAGUAGGCUUACUUCACUGCAUCACUUAGGGAUUGGAGAUGCAGAUGAUGAGUCUCUUCAUGAUAUUGGACUACUUCCGCCUACUAUUACUAGUCUUUCGUUCCGUAACUGCCCAAAUCUCAGGUCAUUAGAACACAAAGGUCUUUGCCACUUAUACACUUUGGAAGGAUUGGGAUUUCAUGGCUGUCCUAAACUCCAGCACUUUCCAAAGGAGGGUUUGCCCAAUUCCCUUUGUCUGCUACGGGUUAUUGGCUGUCCCUUGCUCAACAAGAAGAUCCAAAAACAAAAUGGAAAAUAUCAGGCAAUUAUUUCUCACAUCCCUUUUAGUAGCACUAAAGAUGAUGGAGUAGCAUUGGUGGAAACUGAGCAUGUAAACUGUGGGUGCUUUAUGUCAAAUGAUACUUACUGUGGCAUUUCUAUGGUCAAUAACACUAGAUUGACUUUUGCGAUGAAGGCACAUAUGAAUUUGAUGCCAGAGUUAUCAGCAAAGUUGCGUGAUCUUCCUGUUAGGCCAAGUUUUGCUGUAACGCUGGCAUUUGCAGAGCCUCUAACCUCAGUUAUAGUAGCUAUACACCUUUGA